CGGGCCGGGCCGGGCGGGCAUGAUCGGCACCGUGCUCUGCUAUGUGCUGCUGCCGGCGGCACGGCUCUUCCAGGCCCUCCGAGAUGCUUUCUUUACCUGUCGAAAGAAUGUGCUUCUGGCGAAGAGCCCGCCCACCCAGAUAGAAGGUGUCUUUGCUGCAACCAGAGGAAGAUUGGUCCCAGAAGAGCAAGAAGGCCUUCUCCAGAAGUGGCUGGACGAAGGAACAGAGAAUUUGCCAACCAGUGAGAGUGUUCCAGCAGUGAGGAAACUAUCAGUUACWCUCACUAGUGACUGGUUAGAAGGUUCAGAGCUAUUGAUGACUAGCCUCAGUGACCUGAAUACAUCUCCGGAAGUCACCCGGUGUGCUGAUCAGCAGCUCUCAGAGCUAAAUGCCUUGACUUCUUCAGAACUGCAAGAACAUGCAGUAGCUGAACUGGCAAGAUUACCAGGAGAGGAAACAGUGACUUCAGCAGGCAGUGUCCCUGGGGCAGCUGAGGUGCCACAGACAGAUCACCAGACAGCUGACAGUGCUGGUAUUAAUGUGGAAGUGCUGAAUGAUGACCCAGCUGUGCUGGCGUGGAGUUUAGCGUGUGAUGCAGAGACCGUGCCACCAGUGUUCCCAGCCCAGCCCAUUCAGGAUGCGGUGCCAUUUUAUCCUGUCCCAACAGAGGUGCCCUACCAUGAAAUUUUAUGGAGAGACUGGGAGGAUCUUUCUGUGCAGCCCUGUGUCCUGGAGCAGAUCUCAAAAAACACUUCUCUCUUUGAAUUUCGAGUCAUGUCUUACAACAUCCUUGCCCAGGACCUGGUGGAGCAGGGCCUUGAUCUCUAUGUACACUGUCAUCCAGACAUCCUGAACUGGAACUACCGCCUUCCAAACCUUUUGCAGGAGAUCCAGCACUGGGAUCCUGAUGUUCUGUGUCUCCAGGAGGUGCAAGAGAACCAUUACUGGGAGCAACUGGAACCAACGUUCAAGGAGAUGGGCUUUGCAUGCUUCUAUAAACGGAGAACUGGGACGAAGACAGAUGGAUGUGCAGUGUGCUAUAAGCACAGCAGGUUCCAGCUGAUCAGCCUCAGCCCUAUAGAAUACUUCCGGCCUGGCCUGGACAUCCUMAAUCGGGAUAAUGUGGGCUUGGUACUGCUGCUACAGCCUGUGCUCCCAGAGGGCCUAGGUCUGAAGGCAGUCAGUCCUUUGUGUGUGGCCAACACUCACGUGUUGUUUAAUCCCCGUCGAGGAGAUAUCAAACUGGCACAGGUGGCCUUGCUUCUAGCAGAGAUUGACAAAAUUGCAAGAACUGCUGAAGGCAGCUACUAUCCUGUCAUCUUGUGUGGAGACCUGAACUCUGUACCUGAUUCUCCACUCUACAAAUUCAUCCGGAAUGGUGAACUUUCCUACCACGGGAUGCCAGCCUGGAAGGUGUCUGGUCAGGAAGACUUUUCCCAACAGCUGUAUUCACGGAAACUGUUGGCCCCACUGUGGCCAACUUCACUGGGUGUAACAGACAAAUGCCAGUAUGUCACCUUGUGCCAGCCAAAGAAACUAGGGAGGCGUGAAUACAGCCGUGACUUCCUGCUCCAAUUCCGCUUUUGUGAUGUUGCCUGUGAACGACCRCCGCAGCUGGUCCUCCUGGAAGGUGUGACAGAUGCUAAACCAGACCGCCCUGCGCACUGGCCCAAACCUGCUGCCUUGGUGAAAGACUGUGAUCCCCAGCCAUUCAUCCCAAGGUGUUCGGGUGUUAUCCAGCAUAGCCUCAACCUGACCUCUGUCUACAGCCACUUCCUGCCACAGAGGGGACGCCCAGAGGUCACAACAAUGCCCAUGGGGCUUGGAGCCACUGUUGAUUACAUUUUCUACUCAGCAGAGCCUGUGGAGAGCAAAGCGGGUCGCAGGCUGUACAAGGAUGGAGCCCUGAAGCUGCUUGGCCGUCUUUCCCUUCUCUCUGAAGAUGUCCUCUUGAUGGCAAAUGGCUUACCAAAUCCUUUUUGUUCAUCUGAUCAUCUCUGCCUGCUGGCUAGCUUUGGCUUGGAGAUCUCCAACCUCAGAGAGAAUUAGUGUUGGCUCCCUUUCCCUAAAGAAAAGCUGUUCUGAAUACAGCAGUUGAGGUUCUGGAUUACACAACCUGCUUGCAAGAAAACUCUUUCCUUGUCACGUCCUAAAAGUUUUUUUUUUCCCCUCACACUUUCACUAAAAGCGGGGAUGGGGGAGUUGGAGMGCUUUUUGCAUUGGUAUUUCCUGGAUCUCUGCAAACCUGAUCUGUGGUUUCCAGUGAGCUUCCAGUUGUAUUCAGGCAUUAACAUCUCUUAAAGGGAUCUUUGUUUCUACUGCCUUGUUUAGCAGGUGUUUUUGUGCUGUAGGAGCCAACAUAACUCCCAUGUUUAUUUGUCCCUGUCAAGGAGCUGGAAAAGAGGGGCAAUGCUAUCUGCUUCUGAUUAGUUCAGUUGCUGCCAAGGAGCAUGGGAUGUGUACACCAAUACUCUUUCACACCAGAACAAUAAUUUUUUUUUUAAUUUCUCAGCAAUAAUUUAGUCCAUUCAGGGUUAGUUGUUGUGUUGCCUUUUAAUCUGGAUCUGCUAACUGCUUAAAAAUGUCUUUUACUUAAUAAUGUGUAAGAGCUGGCUUGCUGACUUGCUGACAGAAGGGUUUGUGUGGUGUAAGUUUCUACCAGAAACUGCCUUCUGUUACUAAUGGACGAGAGAAUGGGAUUGSCAGGAAUGGAACCACAAAUUCUACAGACCCACCCACAGCAGCUCUAAAACUGCAGCAAAAGCCUGGAGGCCUUGGAGAAGGCUUCCUUCCUUUCUAGCCAUCUCAGAAUGGUACCUAAUUAGUCAUUUUUAGGAAAAAUAUUUAGGAUCCUCCCAGUGAAUAUCCCAUGGAAAAAAAAAAUACCUGUAAGGCAUGACAACCCCAGAAGGCAAUAACUUUGGAUAUCCCAAAAGAGAGAUGAAGAUGGAAGGCAUGUGAGAGUCAGCAGAGGCAUCAGAUGUAAGAGCUGAUACUUGUCACUUGUCCUACUCUUUUCUCUGUGCACUCCCUAUUGCAUUCAGCCUGUCAGGGGUCAACAGCCAACCUGUGGCAUCCAUAUCCUGUGCCAGACUGAAGUCCAUGCUGCAUCCUUCUUCUGGACCCAGCCAUGUUUAGGUAGGUGGAACCCUUAGGACCAGCUCCUGUCUCAUGACAUGCUUUGGGAGGAAGGGGAGGGCUAUAUAACUUGGAGCCAGACUUGGUCACUUGGAUCCCAGUGUACCUUUGGUGUCCURUGGUGCUUUUGUCAGCAGUAGCUUGGCCAGUACAAAAGCAGUGGAGCUGUACCUGUUCCUAAGUAAUUUCCUCAGUUCAGCCCGACAUUUGGUGCUCAGAUUUUCCCCAAGAGGUGGGACCAAUAUUGGCAGAAACAUUAUCAAUCUUCUGUUCACAAAUGAGGCAGGCAGUCUGGUCCCAUCUCAGGUUUUUGUGGGAGGGUACAGGAGACUUGAAACAUUGUUUGUUCUUUGUGGUCUAUAUUGAGGAAAUACAUUUUAAAUGUUACUUUAUUGAAAAAUAAAAUACUACUAAAUCCAAGAAAAUACCACAAAGUAACUACGGGACCUUGUAUCUCUGGCAGCUGAAUCCUCUGAAGACUUGCUCAGCAAGGUUUUGCUGGCUGGGAGGUGAAAGAGAGCAAAUUAAACUGCAAAAGGAAGUAAUGAGGGUUA